CAUUCAUUCACGUAAUGAUCUUGACAGCGGAUUUUUUUAAGUCGAAAUUUUAUAAAUAGCCCGGGACCCAGAGACAUUAAACUACAUAUAUAAAUCUGUGUAAUAGCCAUGAAUCGUCUGUCAAUAUAUGUUUUACAGAUAUAAAACGAUAAGAUACUUAUUCGGACAAAGGUCCUUCUGCCCACUUCGCUUGAACAAAAAUACUAGCAAAUAGUGUACACAUCUUCACGAUGGAGUCGUCAGCAUUACAGGGCACUGAAAGUAUUACCGUGAAGACUGAGCCCGGUGAGGAUGCGUGUAUGACGGAUUUAUCAACGAUCGCAGUGUCUGUGAAAGUGGAGCAUUUGCUGGACGAUGUGUGCGUCAAGGACGAACCUAGAUCUGAUGGUGUGUCUAUAAAAAGAGAGCCAUCGUACUCAGAAGUGAGUGUAAAAGAGGAGUCAGCCAGCGCGCGCGCGGCGGCGGAGCUGUACGCCGGCCACGCGGUGAAGGACGAGCUCGUGCUCGGCACCGAGCUAGUGGAGCGCCGCCCCGUGCGACACGCAUCAGCGGCUUUGGACCGGGUGAUCAAAGUGCAGCAGUCAUGUGUCCCUCGGAGACCGUUCCUGCGGGACUGCUCCGUGAGGCUGGAGCGCCUCGGUCUGGAGACUCUGCUCACCGGCACGUGCGACACAGACUGGGACAUGGGAUCAGCCCCUGUGAAGGAAGAAGCUGUAUUCCUGGAUGAAGAGGCGCGUGUGAAGGAGGAGUGGUCGGGCAGCACGGCCGGGCGCGGCGUGAGCGAGGCAGCCAUGCUGGCCGACUUGUACAUCGAGCACGAGGUGAAGGACGAGCUCGUGCUGGGGCCGGAGCGCCCGCACCGCCCCGUAGUCGCCCCGGCCGCCCUGUCUAAUCGUGUCGCAGCGUCCGCUCUCGUGUCCGCCGAGCCCGCACACACACCCAGCGCCAUCGCCACCGGCUAUCAGUGUCACCAUUGCGGCCAACUGUUCUGGAAUAAGCUGUUUUUAAAGAAACAUGUUCACACUCACUCACCUUUACAAAAUUCUAACACAGAAAAUUAUGGUUCAAAACGACAUCAAACACACACAGAUAUACAGACUCGUCUGAGAACUCACACAGACGAUAAACCUUUCUGGUGUACUCAAUGUGACUACAAGUGUAGACGGAAAGAUCAAUUACGGUCACAUCUGAUGACUCACACUGACGAAAAGCCUUUAAGUUGUAGCCACUGUGACUACAACUGUAGAAGCAAAGCACAAUUAAAGUCUCACUUGAUAAUUCACACUGACAAUAAGCCUUUUAGGUGUACUCAGUGUGACCACAAGUUUAGACGAAAAUCAAAUUUACAUAGGCACCUGAUGACUCACACUGACGAGAAGCCUUUAAGUUGUAGCCACUGUGACUACAAGUGUAGACGAAAACUUGAAUUACAGGUUCAUCUGAUGAUUCACUCUGACGAGAAGCCUUUAAAUUGUACCCACUGUAACUACAAGUGCAGAAGCAAAGCAGUAUUAAAGUCUCACCUGAUGACUCACACUGACGAGAAGCCUAUAAGUUGUAGCCACUGUGACUACAAGUGUAGACGAAAACCUGAUUUACAGAGACACCUGAUGACUCACACUGACGAGAAGCCUUUAAGUUGUAGCCACUGUGACUACAAGUGUAGAAACAAAGCACAAUUAAAGUGUCACCUGAUGAAUCACACUGACGAGAAGCCUUUUAAUUGUAGCCACUGUGGCUACAAGUUUAGACGAAAAGCACAUUUACAGACUCACCUGAUGACUCACACAGACGAGAAGCCUUUUAGCUGUAGCCAUUGUGACUAUAGGUGUAGACGAAAAGUUGAAUUACAGGUUCAUCUGAUGAUUCACACAGACGAAAAGCCAUUUAGCUGUAGCCACUGUAACUACAAAUGUAGACGAAAAGCACAUUUAAAGUCUCACCUGAUGACGCACACCAAAGAGGAUCGAGUAUAGAGUGUUACUAUCAAAGUAUAAUUUGUAGUCACAGUACAUCAAAGACCUUUACAGGGGACAGCGAAACCACAUUUUUUUCCAUACGAAAUUGAACCGGGUGCGCCAAAGUUCAUAUAAAAUUGGUAUAUAGAUUAUCCGAAAAUGUUUCUCAUACAAUUUUACAUUAUAACGAUCAUUAUUUAUAACAAUUUUAUGUUAAUAACUAUCGUAACUUCGA